AUGAUGGUGAAUGUUCCUAAACAGCGGCGGACAUUUUGUAGAGGCAAAAAAUGCAAGAAACACGCAGUGCACAAAGUGACACAGUACAGGGCUGUACGUUACGACCGGAAACAGAGUGGUUAUGGUGGUCAGUCGAAGCCUGUGUUUAGAAAGAAGUGCACAGAAUGCAAAUACAGGAAACAGUUGCCCAUUAAACGUUGUAAACACUUUGAGCUGGGUGGUGACAAGAAGAGAAAGGGGCAUAUGGUCAUGUUCUAA